UGCACGGCCCGGCACGGGUUCCCGGAUGUCGGCCUCCCGCAAGCUCCGCCCCGCCCCGCCCCGCGCUCGCUCCGCCCUCUGCGCGCCCUGUUUCGUGCCUUGAGGUUGCGGUCAGCGCGAGCCGCUGCAGCGAUUCGGGGCCGCCCGUGAGCGUGAGGCUGCAACCCUCUCCUCCCGCCGACGCAUCUCCAACCGAGACUCCGCCCGCCUCACUCCGGGCCCAGGCCCCGUUGCACCCCGCCCGGCACCGGACAGCAAAGCCGCCGUCGCCGCGUCCCAAGGAACCUACAGCCGCCGCCAGCGCCGCCCGCCUAGCAAGAUGGGAAAUGAGGCGAGUUACCCUUUGGAAAUGUGCUCACACUUCGAUGCUGAUGAGAUUAAAAGGCUAGGAAAGAGAUUCAAGAAGCUUGACUUGGACAACUCUGGUUCUUUGAGCGUGGAGGAGUUCAUGUCUCUGCCUGAGUUACAACAGAACCCUUUAGUACAGCGGGUCAUAGAUAUAUUCGACACAGACGGGAAUGGAGAAGUGGACUUCAAAGAAUUCAUUGAAGGAGUCUCUCAGUUCAGUGUCAAAGGCGAUAAGGAACAGAAGUUGAGGUUCGCUUUCCGUAUCUACGACAUGGAUAAAGACGGCUAUAUUUCCAAUGGAGAGCUCUUCCAGGUGUUGAAGAUGAUGGUGGGCAACAACCUGAAAGAUACGCAGUUACAGCAGAUUGUAGACAAAACCAUAAUAAACGCAGAUAAGGACGGGGACGGGAGAAUAUCCUUUGAGGAGUUCUGUGCUGUAAGUGAGAGGCUGACUGCUCUAUUAACACUUUUAACGCACUCAAGGACAGUUUACCAGACGGUUUUAUCAGCAUGCUUUGCUUUGAAAUUCAUUUCAGUUUUGUCUAAUUGCCCCACAUUCAAGUUUUGGAGUAUGUUUUAAGCACUGAUAAUUAAAAGCUGCUCUUCUCAAGAGUUAGUACACACACAGUCAGAUAACGGGCCUCGGAAAUGGCACCAGCAACUGUGGGCGAUGGGAAUCUCGUGUAUGUGGAGGCUGGAGGGCAACAGCAGGUUUCUGCCUCCUGUGCAGCUAAUUAUUUUGCCCUCUUCCCCCACUAAACCUAAAGCUCACUAUUUCUGCUGGACGACCUGGCCUGCAAGCCCCAUGACCUUAUGACUGUCUCAUCUGUGCAGCCGAAUCAGUAGAUGCUGCCACACCCAGCUUUUUAUGUGGAUUCUAACUUAGGUCCUCAAGCUUAAUGGCAGACUUUUUACCAGCACAGCUGUCUCCUCACAGGCCCAGUCAUUUACUUGUUGGUAGCCUCUAGAAAUUACAACUGGGACAUGCUUUAAGGUUCGCUCAAAACCGUGCCUGUUCCUCUGACAAUAACGUCUUGGAGAAGACUUGCCCACCACCAUGCAGGAGGCCCUGGGUCAGGGCACAUCCAGUACUGCAAGGAACAACAACAACAACAAAAUCAUCCAUAACGUGCUUGAAAAUGCUUUGCUGGUGGCACUAGAGAGGUGGCUCAGUGGUGAAGAGCAGCGGCUCUGUUCUGGAGGACACUCUUCAGAGGAGAGCAUCUGCUUUCAGUUCCCAGCACCCACAUGGCUGCUCACCCCGCCUGUAACUACAGUUCAGAGCUCCUGACACCUCCACACACUCGGCCAGUGGACAUAAAAUAAAUUACAUAUCAAUAUUAAAAAAAUGCUUCUGUGAAAAAGAGCCCGCCUUAUAUAUCUGUUAUACUUUUGGUAAAGUAGUAUUCUACUUUGCUUUCUAUCGACUGAUAAAAAACAAUGACCAAAAGCUGAGCUGUAAUCUACGGUGGAGAAAUUGGGGCCUGAGCUCAAGGCAGGAACCUGUAGGCAGGAGCUGUUCCCCAUGGCUUGUUUCAGUACCCCCACCUGCCCAGGAGUGGCACCAUUCACAGUGGGUUGGGCCCUCCCACAUCAGUCAUCAGUCAUCAGUCAAAGUGCUGCACAGACUGGCCCGUGGCCAAUCCGAUGGAGGCGUUUCCUCAGUUAAGGUUCCUCUUCCCAGGAGAUUCUAGCCUGAGUCAAGUUGACCCCCCAAGAAAGAAGGAUGUGAUUUCCAUACAAAAAAACCUGUUUUUGUCUCUUGCAGGUUGUAGGUGGCCUAGAUAUCCACAAAAAGAUGGUGGUGGAUGUGUGACUCUUUGAAGACUCUACCACCCAGCACUUUUGCUUUCUUCUCCAUCUCUGAAGAUCUGCUCAAGACGUCCAGCAAUGCUCUCUGUGUGUGUAAAUGGAAGUAUUUUUCUCUGUGAAGCCACAUUUUCCAACAUGAGCCUCAUGAAGCCAACGAAGUGUUAUUGAACUCCUACCCUCUCAAUAACUCAGUGUAGCACUUUCAAGUUUGAGGGGCAGCAGCAGGAAAAGAGCAUAUCAGUAUGGUGGAGAAAGGGAAGGGGUGGCUCUUUAAUUUAUUUUUCUUCAUCUUUUAUAACAAGAAAGUAUCUAUAUAUACAUAUGUAAAUAUUUAUAUAUAGAUAUAUGUAGCUUUCUAUAUAUUUAGUAGGUUGGCUUUAAUUUAAUAUACUUGAUUCAGAAACAAAAUGUUAGAGUACAAAAGUGCCAAGCAGAACAUAUACCAUCCUUACUUUUAUUUCACACGGUUUUAUAUGUAGAUAGAGGAUUGUACAAUUCGCGCCAGGUAUUAGGCCAGCUAGUUUCCUUUCUCUGUGCUUUCUCCUUUGAGAGAUUGACAAAGCAUUUGUUAAUGCCCUAUUAUUUACCUUAAUUACACUUUUGUAACGAGUCUGUAACUUUAUUUAUAUCUCUGAGUAUCUUUCCAGGGACUGUGUCUUACUGCCGAGCAGCGUUUAAUCCAUCUCUGUUGGAGGUCUAGUUCAGUGCUGUUGCCAAGAGUGGGUUCUUGUGUCCAUAGAACUGCAUACCCUGUGGCUGCUUCAGGCUGAUACUUUUUAAGUAGUCGCUGUUAAUUUUAUUAAGCGUCCCUGAGAAAAAAUGUAAUUAGCAGUUGUGAUUUUAUCAAGGUCAGAAGUUUUCUGAGGCAGUCAUGACUUUUUUAAACGUUAUUAUUUAGUGAAGAAAAUCCAAAGCAGUCAUGCAAUGGCUUAAAACAUCCUUGUUUCGUUGUACACAAGGAAACACUUGUCACUAAACUACAAAUCCUGGGUUUAUUCAUGCAUUUCAAAAAAAGUUAACCGGAAAAAAAGUCAACUGAUACUUAAAGAGCACAUAUUUCUGUAAAAUCCCAUUUGUGGUUAAAAUGGGGGAGUAUCCUGCUAAUCUAUAUGCCGUUGGAGAGCAGAUUUUGCCCACAUUUACAUUUUUAAAAUUUCUUUGCCAGAUAGAAGGCAAGAUAGCACAUGAUGGAUUUUGUUGUUUUGCCUGCACAACUAGCAAUGGCUGAUGAUGUAAUAGAUUUGUGUGACGUAAAAGUACGUCAUGGUCUACCACAUGACGUUAUCCCUUCCCUUCUCUGCAAAGGUACUGGAAGAGAGACAUUCUGGAUAGUUUUAUAUGGCAGUCUUCCCUAUACAGUUUUUCUAUAUAAAUUGGUUUUGUAAUCAUGAGUGGUAAAGGGCGGGUCGAAUCGAGGUGAGGGAAUAUUAAAUAGAGUACACCUGCCUGCCACCGCUGUCCCCUCAACUGAGUGCUGCACACCAUGGGCUCUGUCUGUGAGAGAAAAAUCCCGGUGCUUGGUGUCUUUGCAUGACAUGGAGUUUUGCAUGUAGAUCAAUUUAAAAUGUACCUCUUGUUUACAUAAUUUGCAUAAUUUUAAAAGAUGAUGUUGCCAAACUUUGGAAAUGUUAAUACUCAAAAUGAAAAUCUCCACUCCAUGUAACUACUUUCUCCCUCUGGAUCAGCACAUGGCUUGCAAUCCCAGCCAGUGGUGUGAUCUGUCCCAGUGUCAACCGCCAUGUGCUCUGCUUCAGGAGGGACUGACUAGUCUUUUGUGAAUUUUUUUGUACAUAAUUAUUUGUUACAAAUAUUUUAGCAAAUGCUUUCUAUAUCUCUUGCUUGUGCAUAUCUUGGCUGGCGUUGUGGAAAAAAAUAGUGCAAACUAUUUCCUUACUGGGGAAUGAAGGGGUUUCUUUUUUAGUUUGUGUGAGGGAGGUGGGGAGGGCAUGGUUUAUGUUGAAUGUUUAAAUUUUCUUCUGCAUGAUACAUGUCAUGUUGUGAAAUCUUUAGAGAACUUCAUACUGUAUGAGUAAGAAAAUAAAAUAUUUGAAACUUG